CACAGGUGAUAUCUAUUAGCUUACCUCAUAUGCCGUCAGGUGUCGCGUCUGCGGACCAUCACACCGUUGCCUUCCUGUGAGAGAUAAUAUUUCGUGGCGGUUUUUUGGCAAGCUGCAGUCGCCUUUGCAGAUGCCAUGUUUGAGCAGUGAGCAUGGCGGAAAAUCAUCUGGAGUACGGCUACCUGGAGGGCGAGUCCAUCGGGGAUCAUUACACCGAGGACCCGGAGCUGGCGGCCAUCAAGGCCAGAGUUCAGGAGCUGGAGAUGGAAGAAGAGACGGAAAGACUGAAGGAAGAGGAGGAGAGGUGCGACCUAUCAGAGAUGCAGCUACUGACCAGCAGUCCUCGGCCUGGACCUUUCUACAAUAUGACUCCUGAGGAGAGGAUAGACGCAGACAACAGAUCAGUCUAUGUAGGAAAUGUAGACUAUGGAGCUACUGCAGAUGAGUUGGAGAUCCAUUUCAACGGCUGCGGGCCUGUCAACCGAGUUACCAUCCUGUGUGACCGGUUUUCCGGCCAUCCCAAGGGCUUUGCUUACAUUGAGUUCUCUGAUCGAGACUCUGUGCAGAGUGCCAUUGGUUUGCAUGAGACCUUGUUCAGAGGAAGAGUCCUUAAGGUAAUGCCUAAGAGGACCAAUAUGCCAGGCAUCAGCACCACAGACAGGGGAGGACACAGAGGAGGCCACUCCAGAGGAAGAGGCAGGGGGUACCGUCCCCCCAGAUAUCAUAACAGCUCACGAGGCAGGUUCCGGUACCAGUCGACCAGGCCACAACAUCAAACACCUCACCCUUACUAUGGAGGCCCCUCAGUGGGGAAGAGACAGUGGGGACACAUGGACUACCAUGAGCAGAUGCCUAAACGUUACCCAUGUCUUCUUCUCAUCACACCACCAUCCGAGGAGUUGGGGGCAGGGUCAAGUGGACAGCACUACGCCCAACAGCGCUAGCACUAACCCACAGUGUACAUUCCAAGUGGGUGAAAAGAAGCGAUAAUUUUAAGAAAAGUUUCCAGGCAUUACCAAGUUGAGAAUUAAUGUGACAGGCACAGAAUGGACAGCAGUGAUGACUUUUUAAGUUGCACCCCUGCAUCAGUUCUUCAGUUUGGUGAAGAGUGAAGACUGGGGUCAGCGGUGUUGCAUUAUAAGCUUAUGUUGCUGUGAAUGCAUGGGACAAUCCUCAAAUUGUUAUGCAGUUGCAUCUCUUGAUGUUUUUACAAACUGAUGCGAAUGUUUUGUGUCGCUGCCUGCAAUGUAAUGUAUAAAUCCUAUGUAUAACUUAAGUUCUUUGUUA